AUGAAGUUUAGGUCAAAACCAGCUUUGAUGAUGUUAUUGUACAUUGCACUGGUAGCAGUUUCUUCAUGCGAGGCAUCAGCCGACCUUGCCACCACUGCUAGCGCUACUCAUGAUGAUGAUGAGGAUCAUGGUGUUGGAGCAAACUGGAGUAUUUUCAAAACCACAGUUAAAAUAUUCAACGACUUAGAUGAAAAUCUCGACCUGGCUAUUCACUGUAUGUCCAAAGAUGACGACUUAGGGGUUCAUGUUAUUCCUACUCCAGGCGUCUACUCGUGGAAAUUCAGAACAAAUUUUUGGGGCACCACUUUAUUCUUCUGUGAUUUAAGUUGGAAAAGUGGGUGGGGUUCAUAUGUCAUCUAUGAUUAUAAGAGGGAUGACCCCAAGUUUUGCUAUACAAAGUGCUAUUGGAGAGCUGGCAAAGAUGGCAUCCAUGGCUAUGCGCAGACUUCUCCUUACCCUGAUGCACCCGCCGUUACCUUCCCUUGGACCAACACUACUACACAACUCAACAACUAA